CUCCCCCCUUUGGCUCGGCCGCCCGCCGCUUUGUUCCGGGCGCGCGGAGGGAAGGCGAAGCUGCGGCGGAUCAUGCCCAUGGUGUAGCCGCGAAGCGGAGGCAUGGCUGCCGGAAGGUUACUGCUCUACACGGGCCUCUCGCUAGCGCUCUGCGCCCUCGGCAUGCUGGCCGUGGCCAUCUGCUCGGACCACUGGUACGAGACGGACGCCAGGAAGCACAGGGACAGGUGCAAGGCCUUCAACACCCGCCGGAUCGAUCCUGGCUUCAUUUACAACAACAACAACAACUUGCCGCUCCGAGCGAGCCGCUCGCGCCUGGACCGCUGGGAGGGCAAACUCCUCCGGGCCCGGAAUCGCAGGCAGCUCUUCGCCAUGAGCCCCAUUGACGAAUGCAGCCGGCAGUACAACUCCACCAACAUGGGCCUCUGGAGAAAGUGCCACCGGCAGGGCUUCGACCCCGAGAUCGCCGCUCUCAUUCGGAAAGGAGAAAUUGAGCGAUGCACAUACAUCAAAUACCACUACUCCUCAGCCACCAUCCCAAGGAACCUCACUUUCAACAUCACGAAGACCAUCCGCCAGGAUGAGUGGCAUGCCCUGCACCUGCGUAGGAUGACAGCCGGCUUCAUGGGCAUGGCGGUGGCCAUCAUCCUCUUCGGCUGGAUCAUCGGCGUGCUAGGCUGCUGCUGGGACCGAGGCCUUAUGCAGUAUGUGGCCGGGCUUCUCUUCCUCAUGGGAGGAACCUUCUGCAUCAUAUCACUGUGCACCUGUGUGGCCGGGAUCAACUUUGAGCUGUCACGCUACCCUCGCUACCUGUAUGGACUCCCCGAUGACAUCAGCCAUGGCUAUGGAUGGUCCAUGUUCUGUGCGUGGGGGGGCCUGGGCCUCACACUCAUCUCGGGGUUCUUCUGUACCUUGGCCCCUUCUGUCCAACCUGUCCCGAGGACCAACUGCCCUAAAUCCAGACCCGAGAAUGGGACAGUGUGCUAAAAAACAAACCCAUACACAUAUAUAUAUAUAAAUAUAUAUAUAAUAUACAUAUAUAAAACAAAGCUAAAUCCCGAUGAGGCCAGUGCCAAGGCAGAGUGGAGGUGGCUCAGGCACCGCAUCUCGUCGGACGUUGUGUGUGUUGCCUCAUCGCCGAGAUGGGGAAGGCGUUCCCACCACGUGGCUCUUCCAUCAAUUCUUAACUUUUGGUUCCAUGUUCCCUGGAGACAGAGUGAACAUCACCACUCGAGACAGCAUCCCAAUCCCCGUCUCUCAUGAGGAUGGGGUGGUGGGCUGGGCAGGGACAGUGCCAGGGGGCUGGAGAGACACCGAUAUAGGGAAGGAAGUGCCACCCACCAGGCCAGUCACCCCCACACUGAUCAUAUCACAGAGAAGCAACACCCUUAUUCACAGAAUGUCACCAAACCUUCAAGGCUGUGGCAGAACCACUCCUCCUGCUCUUCCUGUCCUGGUUCCCUCUGGCCCACCAGUGACACAUCAGAAGUGGAGGAGAGAACAAAGCAAGAAGGGAGUUUUCUCUUUGCUGCCAAACUUUUGGACAAAGUUCUAGAGGUGGGAAGGGGGAGAGAACAACCUGCUGAGAGGCAAGAUCUGCAUCAAUGAAAGGACACUUCAGCGGAUGCUCAGAAAACCCAGUCUUACCUUCCAGCUGCCUUACACCGCGUUCAAUAAGAGGCCGCCUUGCCCCGACCCCACCUGCACUCCCUGGGCAGCCGGAGCCUUGGAGUGAUGCUGUGAUGUGUGUGUGUGUGUGUGUGUGUGUGUGUGUGUGUGUGUGUGAGAAACUACUUUGGGUGGUUCCCUUUCUUCCUUUUCACCUUUUAAAAUGGAAAUACUGCAUUCUGACUGUUGUCUCUCUGUCCAUUGGGAUGGUUUCAGGGCCCAGCAUGGAGGCCCAGAGGCCAGGAAGACAAUGAGGGGCAGGCCCAAGUGGGUGCCAGUUCUGCAGCUUCUGGUCCCUAGAGUGUGUGUGCGGUGGAUGUUUGCUGAGUGCGGGUUUUAUCGUGUGUGUUGCAUUUUUCUAUUAUUUUUAGUGCAGCUGAAAUUCCCAGAGGGCAGAACCGAGAACACCACCACUGGGCCGAGGACCCUGUGUGUCUUCACAGCCCGGUUCUUGGACACCCCAGGCUCUAGUCCCCUCAUUUCAGAAGUUCACCACUCAGCUGGUCACAAGAGCUAUGAGCAAAGAGGGGGACACAGUUCGAGAGGGAGGAGGAAUGUGCCCUCCGCUGCUGUUGCACAAGUCUGUCCACCAAACAAGACCGUUUGCUCCCCAGCCAGGGAGCUGUCCUUCGUCACUGGACAUCUACCACUUCCCUCACGGCGACUUCUGUACAGAUGAAAGCAAAUGGGUCACGUGGCAGGGAGAGCACCUCCAUGUCCCACGUGCUCCAGUUUGUAUGAUAUUGUGUAAAUUAAUGGAGAACUCUUGACUCUUCCCAACCUUUUCCUUUCCCUCUUGAUAGUCAAGGCCAUGAAUCCCCACAUAGCUGUCAUGGUGGCCAGCACCCAAGCAGAGGUGGCCUAAAUCCAGCCGGUGUCUCAGGCUCACUUGAGCCCAUUGGCAUACUGCAGAUGAUGGGCUACAAAGUCAGCUGUAGGGGCAGGUGUCUGCCAGAUGGAGUGGGUAGGAGCAGCUGGCAGCCUCCUCAGUGACCCUGCUGGGGCGGAGCAGCUCUGGGGAGUCCAGGAGAGUGUCCCCGAGCUCUGCAGCCGUGGGUCAGCUAUGCAGCUGAGAAUUCAGUUGCUUCAGAAAUAAAUAUGCUUUGGGAACUUUGCCAACCACUGAGCAGCCUUCCUUCCCACCCAGGCCCUCUGUUUCAUCUAUCUUCCUCCACCUUUUCUCACCUACUAAUCACUUAGCAUCUGCCUCUCCCAUCCGCCAGGCUGCUAGUCUUGCCUGUCUCCUCAUCUGCUCUUUCUGACUGUGUGUGUGUGUAACUCACAUCCGGAUAGGACAUGUGGUGUGCAUGGAUGGGCCUGAACGUGGGUCUCUGGAUGUGUGUAUCCCUCUGGUGCAUUUGUGUAUGUUUGUGCCAAUAUGUACCUGACACAGGUGUGGGUGUGCUCUUCAAACUUCCUUGCCAGCAACACUGAUCAGCUUCUGCAAAAGGUCCUGGGUGUGAGUGCCCUGUGCAUGGGCGUGUUGGGCAAUGAGGGGUGAGGGGUGUAGCGGGAAAUGCUGUUAAUUUCCAACUCAGCUUCUAAGGAUUAUUUCUAAAACAGAGGAUUUGUUCUAUAAGAAGGGAAAUAAUUUUCAGGAAAAUUCAGCUUUCAAUUGUACAGAAAAUUGUUUAAAUUUUUUCUUUGAAAAGUUGUAUUUCCCUCUUAAGGGGAAGGGCAUACUUGGGCUUGAGGAAAAGUGAGGAGAAGUAUCUCAGAUUGAGAGGCCAUUGUCUUCCUUCCAAGUGUCUUGAAUGGGCUCCGCCGAGCAGGGAAUGAAUGACAGGUAUCCAUGAGUGUCCAUUUGGGGCAGGUGGCUUUUGUGUGACCCGACCCAAGUUCCAGAUGUUUUCUAGUUGCAGGAAAUCGGGGAAAGAACCCAAAAGGGGCAAUUUUCUAUCAAUCAUUUAAACUUUUCUUUAGUAACCAUGUUUGAGGAUGCUGCCUCACAGACCCAUCACUAUGUAUACCCUCCUUUUUUUAUGCCAUGCUUGCCGAAACUAGAUCACCCACUCUCUCAAGUACUAAUCUUUAUGAGAGACCAUUAACACAGCUUACUACCUCCUUCUGAAACCUUCCUGAAAUGUUAGGAGGACUCCUGGGAAAAAAGAACCAUCUGGGCUCAAGUUACCAGCAGCAGCGUAGGAGCUUUGAGCUGCUGUUUUGGUGAUGGGGCCAGAUAGGUACAGACACACACACACUCUGAGGUCUGAUCCUGCUUGGGGCCCAGAAAGUGCCCAGCCAUGUGGCCAGGAUCAAAGCCUUGCACAGAUAGCAGGUCCUGGCCAAUGGGAGAACUUCCCAGUUGACCAGCAUGGAAGCUUGAGUCCAGAUUAAAACAUGCUGCUCCAAGCAGUUGCUGAAGCUUCGUGGUGUGAGGUGGCUGAGGAAGAAGAGAAGGAAGAAAGGGAGGAGAAAGAAGGGGGCACCUUGACCGUAAGACUCUUUAAGUCAGAUUCUGCUAACUCCAUAUCAAUGCAGAACCCAACCUUCUGAGGGAUUUAGGGUCCACAACUUCACUAAAGCCCCAGCCCCCAGUCCAGGUCAAGUUCAUAUUCCUCACACGUGUGCAUGCAAGGCCUAUGACCUUGUGUGUGUUUUGAGCUCCAUGCACAUCAACCUGGAGCAUGGGGGCCACUUCAGCUUUUAUUUUCUUCCUUACCCUAUGAGUUUGAGGGGUCAAGAAAGUGGGGUGUCUGCCUGGAAAGAGGUCCUAUUUCUUUCUCUCCCCAUUUUGGCAGUUAUGGUUCCUUUUAUUUCCUGUUCCUCUCUCCACCCACUGGUACUUUCCUUCUGCAUUAACGUUGGUCAAUUAAAAUAGUUAAGGAAUUUGUCUCUAGAGGGGCUCAUACUCUCCAAGCAGCCCCUUCCUUGUAUGUUGUGGCUCUAGGUUUUAUAAGGAGGUCUGUGGCUCCUGGGCAUCAAAGUACAAAACAUUCUAACAUGUGCUUGUUCCAGCUUUACCCUUAGCCUUUCAACAGCUCUACCCUUUCAGCUUCAGGGAUCAUGAAGUCACCAAGACUCAACAACUCCACCAAAUCAAGACCACACAUCCAUAGGCAGCACCCUGGGCCCUGUGGCCACUUUGGUAUAUUCUCUUGCUGAGGAUAAGGGAAGAAGAUAGUCCAAGGCUCUACAUCUUAAUAUUUAUCCACAGUCAAAGGAGGCCUAGAAUGAAGCCAUCACAUUUUUUUUUGUGUGCUGAGUUAGUGGGAGGAUAUGCUGCUUUGGUCUCCGAAGCUGCCCACCCAAGUCAGAUGCAGAAUAAUGAAAUUGAGUCCAUCACCCAGAGACAUCUAGAAUUGACUCUGUCUCCACCUGGCCUAUUCUGAGAGCACUAAUCAACUGUUUUCAAGUAUCUUGGGAGAAGGAGUGGGAAAAAAUACACUCUGGUCAUCUUUGGUGUGGUUUAGGGGAGAUUCUUGGUUGAUUCUUAUAGCUAAGGUGAAGCCAACUUUCUGAAAGUUGGGACCAGCCACCCCAGAGUACAUAUCUACCCCUUUCCAGGGAAAUAUGAUGAAUCAUCGUGAGAGGUGAUUUCAUCACAGAUAAAACUAUUUGGUGCAUACCAGCCAGGUUGACUUCUGUGCUGUCUUCCAGCUGGUAUACAAUUGAGUAAGGGGGCCAGUGUCUAAACAAGUCUACCUAAGCUGAUGGACACAAACGGUUCUGGUGUCUCUCAAGGCAGUCAACUUGGUGGGCGGUGUUUGCCCUCUUUCUGUUGAUGCUGCCAUGGUGCAAAAUGUUUCCUAAACAUUAUUGUUAGUUCUUAGACUGCAUUAUUAUUGGCUAUUUAAUCUCCCCCACCCACCCCCCAAAUAGUAUUGCUCACUGUAGAAAAUUAUAAAAAUGGAAAGAUUGUUCAUAAUUCCAUUGCUCACAAGGGUCAUAGCCCCAACACAUCCCAGUCAGUGGUUGCCUCUGGUUUGGAAGUUGGGGCUAGGAGGGUAGUCCAUGGUCGCAGAACCACGCUGGUCUGUGUGGAAUUGACCUCGUCUGUGUUCAUAGCAGCAAGAGCACAAGGCUCUGAGCCACCAAAGAUAGCAAAUAGGCCUUUGACAAAGCUCAAUACCAGAGCUUAGUGGCAGGCUUGGAACAGAGCUAAAAGCUCCUACUUUGGGGUGUUUUUUUUUCUUUCUCUCUCUUUCUCUCUUUUUGAGUGCCAUCUCAAUCUAAUUCUAGGUGUAAGAGCACUGAAGCUAGAGUAACUCAGUAAUUAGGCUACACUUGCAUAACUCAGUUACUGUAAACUUCAUUUCAGCUCUGCACUAAAAUGAUUUGUGACUCUGGGCACUGUGUCUUCUCCAUACUUGAAUUUCCUCGUCCACAAAAUGAGGACAGUGAUAACACUUUACCUCAUGGUACAUUAAGGGUGACAAAGACACUGCAAAGUGAUUUGCAAACAUGAGGUGUCACAUAAAUUAUGCACCGUUCGAAUUGCCCUGCGGCAGCAGGGUCCCCGCUUGCUGCUGAAAGGAUAAUGUAGAGUGAGAAGUCAUCUUGGCUGCUUGUCCACGUAAGCACAUGGGAAUUUACUCCAUCAUUCAGGUCCUUCAGAGACAUUGGCUCCCUAAUCAACCCAUUCCUAGGCGUUCUUCCUUUUGCCCAAAGCCAAUUUUGCAAAAGACAUCCUUAAUCCCUCUUGCUUAUGCCCAGAGGUGACAGAAUGAGUAACCCAUAUGGAGCAAACAGCAUAUAUGAGCUAAAACAGCGAACUGUUAACCAAGGCACAGGUCAAUGCCUUGUUUUCUUCUUUACUAUCCUCCUAACGUUACUUCUAGCUGUACAUGCCUUUGUGGUGGGAGAAGACCAGAUUCUAAAACAUUUUAACGAUCUGUUCAGUUUAAGAUUGGGAACAAGGUUAAGGAACUGGGGUCUCUCUCUCUUGUCAGUUGGUGGAGCUGAAGGCAUCAGCAGAAGCGCAUGGGUUCUUAUAGGAAUUCCUUUGGGUGGUGCCUCCACUGGGGAGUCUCUGGGUAGAAUCUGGAAAAACUGAACCUUAGGUUCUACACAAGGAAAGAAUGAAUUUCCGGGAGGGUUUGUAAACUCUGCUUUGCAGGCAAUAAGGUUUUGGUGUUAUUGUGAGACGUUCUCUAAGAGAUGGCCAUGUCAUUGCUCCCUAGAUGGAUGGAGCCCCACCAGGAAGGGGAUGGAGCCCCACCAACUAUAGCGGGUGUUUGUUCACUAUUGAGAACCAGAGAGCUGGGUGUGAGCUUGGGGGUGGCACGGCAGGAGCUCACACCUGGCCUCCCUUUGACAGACACCGACCUCAGCCAUCGCAACUCCUCUUCAUUUCCAGGGCCUGGGUGUUGCUCCUUGGGGAACCCUGUGUCCCUGUGUCCUCUCCUGCCUCCCAUGUCUCCCUCUGGUUAAGCCUCUCCCUUCCUUUCCUGGUCACCUGUAGGCCCUCUCCAGCCUGGAUGGAUCAGGGUGUCUGUGUUGUGAAUGGGAUGAUGCCUUUCUCGUGGAGAGCUCUCACUAACUCAUUCUCAUACUCCUGUCCUGUUUCCACCCCUGGUGGGUCUGCUUUGCUAUUCAAGACUAUCUGUAAAAAUGUACAAAUAAAAGUGGAAAUUUAACAUAAGGGGGAGGGGCUUGAGACUAAACGAAUGCAUUGAUGUAGUCCUCCGUUUUCUGAGGACUUGUGUGGCUGUCCCAGAAUCCUGACUGGGUGGGGAUAGAAGGGAGGGAAGCCAUGGGCAUAGGACUUUUUUCUGGUCGUUUCUCUGACGGUCCCUAGCGUCUGCUCGUAACUCUCUGUUCCAAAGGGUUUUGCCUUUAAAGUAAACUGUAUUUUCCAAAAGUGAAAGCAAGUCCAUAAGGUCCUAAGUGUGAAGGUGACCGUGAAGAUCAGCACAGAGACCUGAUCCUGGGGUCCCACGAGCAGCUUUGUCGCGGGCUUGCUCGAGGCCUCAGGCACGUCUUGUUACCUCACCACGUCUCCGUGUCCUCCCAGCCAAACGGGGAGCAGGGGGGCUCCUGGGCACCAAGUCUCCUUGGCCAUCCUGCCGUUCAUUUUAGAGAGGCCUCGAGCCCACACAGGUGCGUGCUUACGUCACGGAGGUACCUGUGGAGAGUUCCUCCCUGCUGCUCUCGCCUCACUUCCGGUCCUCGGAAGGUAACCUCAAGUUCACGGACAGCUUGCGCUCAGAGUCCAAAGCCUUCGAUCUACCUUUCAUUCUCAGAUGCCUUCCCCCCGACUUUGACCAUUUCAUUUACUCUUGUUACGGACAGAGCUUUGCUGUGCUGGGGUAGGAGGAAGACUGUCAAAGGACAUGAUGCAUGUGAAUUGCUUUGUAAUCUGUGACUCACCACACAGACCUGGCUUGUGGUGUCAGGAGUGGGGGUCUGGCUAAGGGAUGCUGCCAAAUCAGAACGAAGAAAUCCCAGGCAGGUGGUGGGGUCAAGGCAGUGGGCCGCAGAGGGGGGUGGCGGUGGGAUUAAGAUUAAAAAAGAACCUUUUGAAGGGAAAAUGGCAGGAUCACAGAGCAUCCUCAGCAUGGCAGCAGAGAAGGAACCCCAAAAGGCAGGAAGGGCACCCUGAAGUAC